AUGACCGCCAACGUCCUUCAACGCUUGCCGUAUGAUGUCCUCGAUGUCGUAUUCACCUUCGUGGAUAAUCCUACUCUGCUCAAGAUCUCCCUCGCUAGCCACGAACUGAAUCGUCUAUCGUCCAAGUACAUCCACGCCGCUGUCGAGUUGAAUCCGAGGCAGGGGAGUAAACGUGGAUUCUAUAAAGGUGAUCAAGAGACAGAUUCGGCGAUCUAUGCUUUGCAACGCCGACCAGAGCUUCGAAGUGCGGUCAAGAGUGCUAAGAUUAACUGUACGCAACAACUUCCCAAUGAUCUACUUAUUAAGCCAUCCAUAUCAUCCACGUACUAUGACUACGAGGCCAAUAAAUACCUCACCCUUUUACCUCUGCUUCCUAACCUCCAGGAGAUCAUGUUAGCGACUAUAUAUGAUCAAAAUGAAGGAGAAAACAUCCUCGAUGCGAUUGAAAGGCUGCCUCGACUGAGGAGAUUAAUCCUGUCUCCCUAUGUUUCGCUUGGCGAACACAAUCUACCAAAUGUCUACGAAUUCAAAAUCAUUACCAAUCGUUCACGUAACGCAGGAUGGAAUAGACCCCAGGUUUCAAAGCGAGUGUUUUCCAUUCAACACCGUCGCUCGGUGUGCACUGUUGCUUGA